GCACAAAGGGGUUUAUUGUAUAGAAUUGGGUGUUCACAAAUCUGUCAGAGGUGCUGGAGAGAUAGGAUCUAGACAAGAUGCGGUGCUUUUGGAGAAUGGCCCACCAAAAAGAAACCAAAAUGGAUGCUGAGUGCCAAUUCACUCGUAACCACCAGAAAUUGAUUUCUGGAAGAACCCUGUGAGGCUUGGAUGAAUCUCCGAAAGCAACUGAUGACUUUACAAGAAAGACUCAUCUGUCUCCUGUCUCCUUCACAGGUCUGACCAUGCACUGGCUGUGGAAACUCCAGGGGCUUUGUAUCCUGUGGGGGACUUGGAUGUCUAAUAGCACUGUCCACAUUCAUAUCAGGCAAUUGGCAGCCCUGCAGUGGGGCCACCAGAAGGUCCCUGCCAAGUUUAACUUUGCUAGUGAUGUGGUGGGUCACUGGGCUGGCAUGGAGAAGGCUGGCAAGUGGCCCCCCAGCCCAGCCCUGUGGUGAGUGAGUGGCGAUGGGGAUGAAGUGAUGUGGAACUUCAGCCAACGGAGUGAACUCAGCCAGCAGGCAGCCAAUGUCCUCUCGGGGGCCUGUGGCCUGCAGUGUGGGAACCGUGAGGUGGUGGUGCUGCCCCGAGUGCCUGAGUGGUGCCUGGUGACCCUGGGUUGCGUGAGAGCAGGCCUCGUCUUCAUGCCCAGGACUAUCCAGAUGAAAGCAGACUUUCUCUAUAGGCAGCAGGUGUCCAAGGCCAGGGUCAUUGUGGCUGGGGAUGAAGUGGCCCAGGCAGUGGACAUGGUGGCACCUGACUCCCCUUCUCUGAAAACAAACCCACUGAUGUCUGAGAAAAUCCGAGACAGAUGUCUGGACUUCAAGACACUACUACAAGAAGCAUCUACCACUCAUUGCUGUAUGCAGACUGGAAGCCAAGAAGCAGUUGCCAUCUACUUCAUCAGUGGGACCAGUAGCCUUCCCAAGAUGGCAGAACACUCUCACUCAAGUCUGGGCAUCAAGGCCAAGAUGGAUGCUGAAUGAGAAGACAUAUGGACAGACCUGCAAGCCUCUGACAUCAUAUGGAGCAUCUCAAACACAGCUUGGAUAGUGCAACUUUUGGCCUCAUUUCUGGAGCCCUGGACAUCAGGAGGACACAUAUUUAUCCAUCUCUUGCCAAAGUUUGACCCACUGGUCAUUCUAAAGGCACUGUCCAGCUACCCAGUCAGCAAUGUGGUAGGAGCCCCCAGUGUUCACCGGAUGUUGAUUCAACAGGAUCUUUCCAGGUACAAGCUCCCACAUCUACAGAACUGCUUAAGCAGAGGGGAGACCCUCCUUCCAGACACAUUGGAGAAGUGGAGGGCCCAGACAGGACUGGACAUCCAAGAAUUCUAUGGCCAGACAGAAAUGAUACUUGGACUCACUUGCAGAGUUUCCAAGACAAUGAAAGUCAAACCUGGCUACCUGGGAACCACCACUCCCCAUUACGAUGUGCAGGUUGUAGAUGACAAGGGCAACAUCCUGCCCACUGGUGCAGAAGGAGACUUGGGCAUCAGGGUCAAACUUAUGAGGUCUAUAGGCAUCUUCUCUGGCUACGACAAUCCUGAGAAGACAGUGGCCAACACCCAAGGAGAUUUUUGGCUCCUGGGAGACCGGGGAAUCAAGGAUGAAGAUGGAUAUUUCCAGUUCAUGGGGGGCGGGGGGGGGGGGGCAGAUGAUAUCAUUAACUCCAGCGGAUACCAGAUUGGACCCUCAGAGGUGGAGAAUGCACUGAUGGAGCAACCAACUGUGGUGGAGACAGCAGUAGUCAGUAGCCCAGACCCUAUCCAAGGAGAGGUACUGAAGGCAUUUGUGGUUCUGGCCCCACAGUUUCUGUCCCAUGACCUGUCCCAUGUGAAGUCAGUGACAGCCCCAUACAAGUAUCUGAGGAAGCUUGAAUUUGUCUUGGACCUGCCCAAGACAGUCACAGGGAAAAUCUAA